AUGCGCUGUCCUCCCCUUCGCCCCCCGCCACUGAGAAGUGGAAGAUUCCGAGCGCCUGGGCCUGGGAGCGCAGACACGCAGGCAGAGUCUGCCGGUACCGGCGCGCACCAUUUGCCGGGCGCCAGAGGGGGAAAACUAGGCGAGAAGUGAAGGCGGCGGCGGAGAGAGGGGAGUGUGUGUGCGGGCACAGGCCGCUGCCUGCCUAGGCCCGAGCCGCUGCCCUACGAAGUGCCGAGGCCUGUGAGACGGAGAGUACGCUGGACGCCUAAUAGGCCGCACCGAGCUUAAGCUGGCAGAUUCCGAGUUAUUGCACUUGUUUCUAAAGCGGAGAAAGCAACAUCUCUCCAGAAACCUCAGGAUGGGGGUGAAGACGUUUACUCACAGCUCACCGGCGCACAGCCAGGAGAUGUUGGGGAAACUCAACAUGUUGCGCAAUGAUGGACACUUCUGUGACAUCACCAUCCGGGUUCAGGAUAAGAUUUUCCGCGCACACAAGGUGGUCCUGGCGGCGUGCAGUGAGUUCUUUCGUACCAAGCUGGUGGGCCAAGCAGAUGAGAGCGCACAGUGCGUCCUGGAUUUACAUCACGUAACGGUGACAGGAUUCAUCCCUCUCCUGGAAUAUGCCUACACUGCCACCUUAUCUAUCAACACUGAAAACAUUAUAGACGUGCUGGCCGCCGCCAGCUACAUGCAGAUGUUUAGCGUGGCCAGCACCUGCUCAGAGUUUAUGAAAUCCAGUAUUUUAUGGAACACACAACAGGAGAAGGUGCUGGACACAGGACAAGAGAACGCAGGCAGCAAUUUCCGAGACGGCAGCCUCUCGCCGGUGUCUUCUGAGUGUAGCGUAGUGGAGAGGACCAUUCCCAUCUGUCGCGAGUCCAGACGCAAACGUAAAAGCUACAUUGUCAUGUCCCCCGAGAGCCCGCUGAAAUGCAGCACACAGACCAGCUCCCCACAAGUGCUGAACCCCACCCCUUCUUACACUGAGGCCAGAGGUCAGCCCGUGGACUCGUCUCAUGCCUUUCCAUGGACUUUCCCCUUCGGUAUUGACCGGAGGAUGCAGCCAGACAAGGUGAAGCAGAUAGAGUCCAGAACAUUAGAACUGCCCGGACCUUCAGAAGUUUCCAGGAGGGUAACGGAUUACGUGCCCUGUGAAAGCACUAAGGUCAGCUCACCUCUGGUAAUGGAAGACGAUGUCCGAGUCAAGGUGGAAAGGCUCAGUGACGAGGAGGUGCACGAGGAGGUGUCACAGCCAGUCAGCGCAUCCCAGAGCUCAAUGAGUGACCAGCAGACGGUACCUGGGAGCGAGCAGGUGCAAGAGGAUCUGCUGAUCAGCCCGCAGUCGUCUUCCAUAGGCUCUAUCGAUGAAGGUGUUGGAGAGGGUCUACCCACACUUCAGGGUACAGCCAGCAGCAAUGUCCAUGCAGAUGAUGAUGACAGAUUGGAGAAUGUCCAGUAUCCCUACCAGCUGUACCUGACUCCUUCCACGAGCAGCACAGAGCGGCCUAGCCCCAAUGGCCCCGACAGACCUUUCCAGUGCCCAACCUGCGGAGUGCGUUUCACCCGGAUCCAGAACCUGAAGCAGCACAUGCUCAUACAUUCUGGAAUUAAACCAUUUCAGUGUGAUCGCUGUGGGAAAAAAUUCACUCGGGCUUACUCCUUAAAGAUGCAUCGGCUGAAACACGAAGGUAAACGCUGUUUCCGGUGCCAGAUAUGUAGUGCCACAUUCACUUCCUUCGGGGAAUACAAACACCACAUGCGGGUUUCCCGGCACAUUAUCCGCAAGCCUCGGAUAUACGAGUGCAAAACAUGCGGCGCCAUGUUUACCAACUCUGGAAAUUUAAUCGUGCACCUGAGGAGCCUGAACCAUGAAGCGUCAGAGCUAGCAAACUACUUCCAGAGCAGCGAUUUCCUAGUCCCGGAUUACCUGAGUCAGGAGCAGGAAGAGGCUCUUGGACAGUAUGAGCUGGCAGAACACGGCUUUGAAAGCAACUCCUCUGUCCAAAUGCCUGUCAUCUCCCAGGUCUCCUCCACUCAGAACUGUGAGAGCACAUUCCCACUGGGCUCCCUGAGCGGCCUGGCAGAGAAAGAGGGAGAUGAUGAGGAAGUAACCGAGCCUGCAAAGGCCAUGCCCCUGGAAGAAACCAGCCGAGAUGACACCCCCAAAACAGAGGUGGCUUCCAUAGCUGUGGAGUAGCUGAUCCCUGCGCCCGGACUUCAGCCAACGCAUAUUUGUUCAUUUUUAAUCUUUUUUUUUCCUUCUUCUUCUUCUUUGGGAAAUUCCUUUGUUUGGUCAGUUCUAGUUUUCUUUACAUCUGUUUUUCUGAUAAAAAAAAAUUAUUAAAUCCCCCCUGAGGACAAUGCAGAGAGAGCACCUGCAUACACCACAGGCACAAACCUGGACUCCGCUGCUUGUACUUCAAUGGGAGGAGCCUCUGCUUUUGUUUAUAUCCAUGCGCUCUUUACCUGGAUUGACUUCCUGCACAUUGCUGGUUGAUGUCUACGACACUAUCACACAAGUCGCCAUUGAGCCGGUGGUGCAAGAAGAAGCAACCACCAGUAGCUCCUCCACAUCACCCCUGGCGUCACACCAUUCCCUGAUCGCUAGAGGCGCAGACGCUCGCUGGACAUCCUUUGCAGCAGGAGUUCUCUUCCCGGACACUACAGAACUUUCUCUUCAUCAUAGGAAGCUUGAAAUUUUUAAUGUAAUUGUGUUCUACGAUUGGAGUGUUUCAUUCUCUUAUUUUGAUGUGAGGAGUGACCUGUAUUGUCUUGGUGGGACUGUCGCUGCACUGGUACAGACAUUUUAUCUCCAUUGUCCAUUCUUAACCUGUGUGUUCAUUUUAGCAAUUCUUUGACCAAAUGUGUUCACCAGCAACGUGAAUUGUACAGAUCAUCUCCCGACGAACAUUAAUUCAAUUCAGUCACCUCCGUGAGAGCUGUAAAGAUGUUUAGCCUGACCAGCCUAGUCCUAUGGUCUGGCCGAUAUCGGCAAGCACAAGGUAUUGACGACCUGCACUAAGCUAAGUUCUGAUUGGUUAAUAUAUGUUUUGAUAGUUCAGCUGCUGUUGCUAUAGGUAACGAUAGGACCCGGUUUCCUCUUUAUUUACUAACCUUUUUAUUAUACCUGGAACUUGUAACUUUACUACUUUAUAGGAGUUUAUUCUACUAUUAUAUUAUUAUUUGAUUUAUUUUAUUUUAAGCCUUACCAGAGCGGAAAUCCCGGCUUUUAGGGCUUCUCUGCUCCAGAUGGAAAACAUAAGACCUGCAGUGUUGGCUGGCACAGCCUUUGUUGUCAUUGGCUGGUGGCUGCUGUUGGCACAUUGCAUACGAAGGCAGUGAGUGAAGAAAGAAUGAGGAAUUUCUGCUCAGGGAAAGCCACCAGCAGAUAAAGCGACUGUCUAAUAGUGGAUGAUCACGACCUGUCAUAUUGAACAUAACAUCUUGGCAAAACGCAGACACCAUGAUGUCAGUUUAGGAUCGGCUUAUAUCACUGAUCAGGGGAAGGGGUAGUAAGCUUGAGACAGGGUGCCUGCCUUGUUGAGCCCAUCAGUCCGAGUAUCUUGUGAGUAAAGCACCGAUCUAUAAGAAGACACUAUAUGUUACUCAUUUGUAGUGUAAGAGACCAGAACCCCACCCCCCAUCAUAGCUAUACUCGUAGACACCAAGGAUUCAUUCUGCUCUGCGUCAGGACUGUAUUCAUACAUAGCUUAUAGAGCUGGGCUUGAGUUAUUGCUAGAGUAGUGAGGACAUUGUUUCCUGCAGAGUCAAUGGAGGUGGCUUCUUCACCCCCUUUUGUUUUUCUCCUUUUCUGGCAGGAGCUGUGGUGUUUGUGAACUGGAUUAUGUUUUUAUAAGUAACAUGUCUGUGGGUGGGUAGUUUUGGCAGAAAGGUGCACCCUUGGGUUCCUGCAGCACCUGGUUUAAAUGCUAAUAAACAACGUGUGGGGUUUGUAAAAUUUGGCCACGUUCAUGUGGUUGGGUGCGGUCCUUUAUAGCUGGCACUGUGGGUUUUGCUUUUUUUGCCAGUUUAAACUUCUGUAGAAAAGAUGUGGAUACUAGGUGAUAUUUACACUACAAGGACCAUGGUCGCCAGUCUCCUGGAUACAUUAGAUUUGGUUUCCCACUGUUUUACAGCUGCAUUUCCCAUUAUUGCUAUAGUUUAUUUUCAUUGACUUCAAUGGGCAAAACUGCAACACAAUCAGAAAGUGUUUUUUUAGGUAUCUUUUAACAGUAAUGUACUGUAUGUUAGGCUGCUUUCACACUAUAAAAUUCAUCCGAUAAAAGAUCUGUUAUAAAAGUCUGCUAUAAAAACCCUUAAAAUCGGCCAUUAUAGUCGAUGAGAUUUUUUAAUUAUGUGUUUUAACCCGUUAUAGCCCAUUCUUAAUAACGGACGUUAUUUUGUGACAGGAGAGUGAACGGAAGAAAUAGUGCAUGCACUAUUUCUUCUGUUAUUAUUAUCUUCCGUCACAAAAUAAAGUCCGCUAUUAAUAACGGGUUAAAACGGAUAAUGUAAAAAUCCCAUAGACUACAAUGGGAUUUUCUAACAGCCGUAUGGGAUUUUGUAAUGGCCGAUUUUCAGGGUUUUUAUAACGGAUCUUUUAACAGAUGAAUUUUAUAGUGUGAAAGAAGCCUAAGUCUAUGGAAAGUGGUUGUCUGUGCCCAUAGUAUGCAAAAAUAUAGACACAUUUUUUACAGCCAUGUAAAUAAGUAAUGUCGCUUAUUUACACGGCUGGAAAAAAGAAAAAAAAACACAGGAAAUAUUCGGUAGUUCUGACUAUGGUGAAAAAUAGUGCUCUGCUUCAGACUGAGGCAUAAUCGGGCCCCAUAGAAGUCAGAUAUGUUCCUUUUAAAGAGAGUUCACUAUAGAGUUAUUUCAGUAUAGUCUUACAUGUAGAUAAAUAGGGGGAGAUUUAUAAAAGGAUUUAGACUGUUUUUCCCCGUCUAAAAUUGUCGCACUUUUUCGCGACUUUUUCUAUAGAGGAUUUUUAGUAUAUGAUGCAUUCUGGGCUAUUUUAGACGGGAAAAAUGCAUUGGUGCUGAACUUAUCAAUAGAGCCGUGCGACUUUUGAUAAAUUAGGCACACAAUAGAUAUUGAUGCGGGAAAUAGACAUCUUUGAUAAAUCCCCCCUGUAGAGUCUGUGAGCGCGAGCAUCUUGCUUUCUGAUCUGCUGCACAUCCAGCUUUAGUAUUUUGUCAUUAUAACAGGUCACUUGCAGGCAGUUGAAACUGGGAAUGGUGUGUGCAUCGGGAAUUGCUCUGCUCAAUCACAGGUACUGUAAGUGUGUAUAUAAAUGCACAUAUUUAUAAAAGCACUUUUACAUGGUAGGUACUAUGAUCUAGAGCUCCUGUGACUGCUGGCACCUUUCACUCCCUACAAGCAAUCGAUGCCUGUCACGUAUAGCAGGAAAUCACAAGUCAGUGGCAGCAAUCGCUCAUCCACCACUAAUCUGCACAUCAGCAACAAAGACGUUACUGCAGCUAUGGGGAACUACAACUCCUAGCAUACUCUAAUUAUUAGUAAGAAAGAAAAAAAAAAGAGCAUCUAGAUUUUUCUCAGCCUUAGAUGAAUCCAUAGACCACAGCAAACUAUGCACUUAAAAAAAUUAUUUUAUAUUGGGGGAGGGGUUUAUGUCAGGAUCCAUCUUGAUGCGAUAGUCAGGAGACAGAGCGGUUUCUCAUGAGACGGGGACUACGUUCAUUCUUUCUCUUCCCAUGGAAAAAAAAAUGCCAAAUGAAACAGCACAAUGUGAACGAUUGCACACUCCCUGUCCAUGUGAGCAUAGCUCCCAACAAAUAUUGGUCAACUGUGUAUAGCAACCUCUCCUCCACCUUCGUGGAUAAAAUGUCUUAGACCCAUAAGUAGAGUGACCUGGUUCCAAAGGCAAGAAAUUAAGAGCAAGUUCUUCUACUGCACUAGUUAUAACGGUUCCCACCAUGUAUUACAUAUAUCCUGUGUAUUGGAACUGGUAUUUUAUUGGGCGUCUGUCACCUCCAAACAUUAUCCAGCUUCAUAUAACCAGCAUCACAUGGGCCCUGAACAUAAAGUGGGUCUAAUGGCCCUCUCCUCAGCGAUAGUGACAGAAUACCGCAGGGGAGAUUUCAGGUAUUACACCAUCUGGUUUAUAUGUCCAAACCAUAACGCCAGUGUUACAUGCAGGAACUAGGUGUCAAUGUCCCUGAUAGUCGGGGAUCAUCUGCUCAUUUGGAUGUGAUAUAUUUUGUCUCUUUUUGACUUUGCACUCUUGUCCUGCCAACCACUGCUCUGCUCUACCAAGAGCUGUAUAAUAUAUACCGUAUAUAUAGAGAUAUAUAUGACUGUAGAGGUGUCUGUGAGUCCUGGCACCUUCAUCCACCCAGCACAAUCCUCUGCCUUGUCCGUCUGCAGGUCUGCUCCCUUCUGACCCAAAUAAGAAGUCGCGUUCUGCCUUGAAGCUCUUUGCACACAACACCCUUGGGCCAGGAGGUCAGGUGCCGAAACGUAGCACUUGGGUGCGCUCUGAACCAACCCCCCCCCCUGAUUUAUAAUCAUUAGAAGUUCCCUUCUACUUGGUGAUCUGUCCGAAUAUGAUGUAGACAAUUCAGUUGUAGGGUCCUCUUCCCUCUCCCCCGAACGUAUCUUACACCUAGCAUGUAUAUUAACCUGUUGGCGAAGAUCGCUUUCUUUUUGUUUUAAAUAUAUACAAUGUUUAAAGAGAAUUGACACAUUUUAUAUACUUGUAUCUGGCUUUUAACAUUUUUAUAGUACCCCAUUGUUCUUGGUGGCGACAAUAUCUAUUUUUGUGCCCAUUUUUGGAAAACAAGUGCCGUUUUGGAAAUGUUACAAUUAUUUCUACAGUUCAAUGUAUUCAAUGUGAAGGUCACGGUUUUUUAAUUUUGUUGUCCUUUUUUCUUUUCUGAUCUGUUUUUUGAGCCCGUAGCUGUACGCUUUUGAUGUUUCCCAAUGUCUGAGAAGGGGCGGAGCCAAAACAAGAAAACCCCACCCACUUUCAUACUGGGAGGAGCAAUUGUGGCCUCUGAAAAGAACCAUUUAAUUAGUUUUGUCUCGUAAUGAAAGGCCACCCCUCACUAGGAAAGACUCUUUUUAGUUAAAUGAGUGCAUCUACAAGAUAAUAAAGGGAAGGCAAUCCAAUCAUUUGCACCCACAAAAUUGUCUUGUAGCUGCCAUAACUUUGAGGGUCUAUCCUAGUGAGAUAUGCUCUAUAACUGGUAACUGACAAGAGGAAGAUCCAUACUCUCAUCAUCCACAGGCCCUCUAUCACGCAUGAAAUUGCAGGGAAUGUUGAUGGUUUACAAUAGGAUUGAAGCGCUUCCCACUGAGGGUUGAAAAACACUCAGUCUUAUACAAAAUGCAUGGCCUGUAAAUAAUGGGACUCGUAUUUUAAGAUGCACUCAUCACCUUCCUUUAUUUUAAUUUUUUUUUAUACAAACACUGAAUUUGCUGUUUAGUUUGAUUUCCUUGUCUGCAUUGACUGGGAGGACAAGUACUGCUUCUACACUGCCUAUCCCAUCGGAAUAGAUUCAUUAAGCCUUUGUAUCUGGGUUUCAGACUUCUCACUAAUUCUUGGAAAAUAUUCAGUAAUUGAGAUAAAGCAAUGAAGGUGACAUGGUCUUUAUUAAAACAUGUGUCACUUUCUUUCUGUAAUUUCUUUUUUUAUGUCACCAGAUCAUAGGACGCACAGACAUUCAGCACAAAUCUUUUAAGUCAUAAAAAUGCUUCCUCUUGUCAGUUAUUUUGUAAAAAGUCGGAUGGGGGUGGUGGGGAUUGUGCAUUUGGCUCUGUCCCUCUUGUGUAAUGUAUAUACUCUGUAUAGCUACAUGGAAUCCAAGCUUGUGGGAUAUAUGAGGAGUAUGUUUCGGCUACAUUUUGCCUGGUUGUUUAAUCAUAAAAAUAAAAGGAGAGAAAAAAAAGCAAAAAAAAAAUACAAAAAAACCUUGUAUGAAAAUGCAGAACCGGAUUUCAGUUCUUGCCCGGCGCCAUCAUAGGUCAACUUAAGGACAAAAAAAAGUUAGUUUUGAGUGUCUUUGGAUAGAAAACUUAUGAUGAUGAAAGAUUUUUCAUUAAAGUAUAUUAUUAUUAAUGUUU